AUGGAAUACAUGAGCGACAAGUUUGCCAUGAAGAGUCAAGCACUUAAGGGCGAUUACUACAUGGGAUCUGGGGGAACGCUGGACCAAGUCAUGGACGGUCUGGACGCGGUGCAGUACUACAACAAGAGUUCGCCCAAAUGUGUGCAGGCCUUCUCGUUACAGAACUCGGAGCACCACACGCGGAUUGACCGCUCCUCGCCCUGUGACAACCAAAACACAAAUUACUGUGGUCCUAAAAGCGAGGAGGACAGUUUACACUCGGAUUUGUCUAGGCCUAUGGACAACUGCUGCAAUCUGAGAGCGUCGCCAGUCGCGCAAGGCCCGGAGAAAACGGACCUGGAGGACAUCGGUGAGAAGUGUGACAGCAAUGUGUCAAGCAGCAAAAAGCGUCGGCACCGCACCACCUUUACCAGCGCUCAGCUGGAGGAGCUGGAGAAGGUGUUCCAGAAGACGCACUACCCGGACGUGUACGUGAGAGAACAGCUGGCCAUGCGCACAGAGCUCACGGAGGCGCGAGUCCAGGUAUGGUUUCAGAACAGAAGGGCAAAAUGGCGUAAAAGAGAGCGGUAUGGGCAGAUUCAGCAAGCAAAAAGCCACUUUGCCGCAACUUACGAUUUAUCGGUGCUACCGAGAACAGACAGCUAUUCUCAGAUCCCCAACAACCUGUGGACGGCCAACUCCCCUGGCGGCUCGGUGGUGUCGUCCUGCAUGCUCCCGCGCGGCUCCCCGCCGUGCGUCCCGUCCCCGUACCCCCACUCUCCGCGCGGUGCGGACCACACCGGCUACGUGGGCUUCCCCAACCACCAGCAGAACCAGUUCGGCGUCAACCACGUCUCCAUCAACAACUUCUUCGCCGACUCGCUCCUGGCCCCGCCGCCCAACGGCCACGCGGCCGCCUUCGAGACCAAGCCAGAGUUCGAGCGGCGUUCCUCCAGCAUAGCCGUGCUGCGCAUGAAGGCCAAGGAGCACACGGCCAACAUCUCCUGGGCCAUGUGAGCUGACCGCUCAGUCCAGCCCACACUAGCACACACUAGACUCUAAACGCAGCCUUGGCCAUGUGAGCUGACCGCCCCGUCCAGCCUACACUAGCACACACUAGACUCUAAACGCAGCCAGGGGAAUGUGAACUCAGUAACAACAUUAACGAUAAUAUCUGAUGGUGGUUAUGGUGAUGAUGAUGAUGAUGGUGGCAAUAACAGUAAUAUUAAUAAUUAUUAUUAAGAGUGAAUGUCAGAGGUAGAGAGUGAGAAGAUGCUGGACUACCACAGGAUGGGAUUGGUUCGUCCCGCCUCGGACUGCCACAUCGCCGCAUGGGCAGCAUGUUCUGGAAGCUUCCAUUGUGUCCCGAUUGGAUGUGUCUGCGCUACGGGCUGUAGUCUCUGCUUUCACACGCAACACAGCCACUGCGGUGUCGGAACAUCUGACCAAGAAGCUGUCACGUCUCCAGUAGACAAAUAUAAGGUGCAAUAAGUGACUUGUGUCCCAAGACAGAAAUCCUCCAUGUCCCACUAUAAUCCGUCUCUGGAGAUUCAUUGACAACUUUUGUGUGAAUGCAGAGACAUUGGCCUCGUGUCUGAAAGAAGAGGAUUUGCGAGAUGUUUGGGACGUAUCUGAGCACUGUCUACGUAAGAGGCAUGCUGCUAACUCUGGCGUCGGGAGGGUGAAGACUUGCGCCGUACACUGCUCCGUCUGCUUUGUCUUGUCAGUGGUUGUGGUGAGCGGAGAAGAGACUGACGUACUAACCCGCUCUGCAGACCCAGCAGAAGCAGCGAGAACUCUCCGUCUGAGCUGUGGCACAGACAGA